GCUGUCAUGGAGGCGUCGCAGCGAGCGCGGGCGGCGGCGGCGGGCGCGUCCAUCUGAGGGCGGCGGCGGGAGGCGGCCCGGAGCGCUCCGGGAAGAUUUAUGACAAGCACAGCCUGCGCUUCGUCAGGACCCUGUUCAGAGUCUCCAUGUUGUCCCAUCGAGAUAAGACUGAUCUGAGAAGAAGCUGGGGACGUUCUGUUUGGGCUGAGCGUUUCCAUUAAGGUCUUGACUGUGAAAAAGGCAGGCCUGUAUCCUUCAGGAAGCAGAGAGGUACAGACUAAAUGGAUCUAAAGACAGCAGUCUUCAACGCAGCUCGUGAUGGCAAGCUGCGGCUCCUUUCCAAGCUACUGGCAAGCAAAACAAGGGAAGAGGUGGCCCAACUGAUGUCAGAGAAAACCAAUGGUGCCACACCACUUCUGAUGGCAGCCCGCUACGGUCACCUCGACAUGGUGGAAUACUUGUUGGACCAUUGCUCUGCGUCCAUAGAAGUUGGUGGUUCGGUGAAUUUUGAUGGCGAGACCAUCGAGGGGGCUCCGCCGCUGUGGGCAGCGUCGGCCGCUGGCCACCUAAAGGUGGUUCAGUGUCUGUUGGAUCACGGUGCGUCUGUCAACAACACGACCCUGACAAAUUCGACACCGCUCAGAGCUGCCUGUUUUGAUGGUCACCUGGAAAUAGUAAAAUACCUUGUGGAGCACAAAGCAGAUCUGGAAGUAUCAAACCGCCACGGGCAUACCUGCUUGAUGAUCUCCUGUUACAAAGGCCACAAAGAAAUUGCUCAGUAUUUACUUGAAAAAGGAGCUGAUGUUAACAGAAAAAGUGUUAAAGGAAAUACAGCAUUACAUGACUGUGCUGAAUCUGGAAGUUUGGAGAUCAUGAAGAUGCUUCUCAAGUAUUGUGCUAAAAUGGAAAAGGACGGUUAUGGAAUGACUCCCCUCCUGUCAGCCAGUGUUACAGGCCACACAAAUAUCGUGGACUUUCUGACCCAGCAUGUACAGACUAGUAAGGCUGAGCGCAUAAAUGCGCUGGAACUUCUAGGAGCAACAUUCGUGGACAAAAAGAGAGAUCUGCUUGGUGCUUUGAAAUACUGGAAGCGAGCUAUGGAAAUGAGAUACAGUGAUAGGACUAAUAUCCUGAGCAAACCUGUGCCACAAACACUGAUUAUGGCGUAUGAUUAUGCUAAAGAGGUAAACAGCUCAGAAGAGCUAGAAAAUCUUAUUGCAGAUCCUGAUGAAAUGAGAAUGCAAGCAUUAUUAAUUAGAGAACGUAUUCUUGGCCCUUCUCACCCAGACACAUCGUAUUAUAUUAGAUACAGAGGUGCUGUCUAUGCAGACUCUGGAAACUUCAAGCGUUGCAUCAACUUAUGGAAAUAUGCUUUGGACAUGCAGCAGAGCAACCUUGAUCCACUGAGCCCUAUGACAGCCAGCAGUUUGCUAUCGUUUGCUGAACUUUUCUCAUUCAUGCUUCAGGAUAGGGCAAAAGGUCUGCUAGGCACUACUGUCACAUUUGAUGAUCUAAUGGGUAUACUGUGCAAAAGUGUUCUUGAAAUAGAACGAGCCAUGAAACAAACCCAGUGUCUUCCUGAUCCAACACAGCUGAACAAAGCCCUUUCCAUCAUUUUGCAUUUGAUUUGUUUGUUGGAGAAAGUACCUUGCAGCGCAGAACAGGAACAUUUUAAGAAACAGACUAUCUACAAGUUUCUUAAACUUCAGCCUAGAGGGAAGAAUAACUUCAGUCCACUUCACCUUGCUGUUGACAAUAAUACUACCUGUGUCGGUCGCUACCCAGUUUGUAAAUUCCCCUCUCUACAAGUUACUGCUAUCCUGGUGGAAUGUGGUGCUGAUGUAAAUGUCAGAGACUCUGAUAACAACAGUCCAUUACACAUUGCUGCACUGAACAACCAUCCAGACAUCAUGAAUCUUCUUAUCAAGUCAGGUUCACAUUUUGAUGCCACAAACUCCCAUAAACAAACUGCUAGUGAUUUGCUGGAUGAGAAGGAAAUAGCAAAAAAUUUAAUCCAGCCCAUAAAUCAUACUACUUUGCAGUGUCUUGCUGCUCGUGUAAUAGUGAAUCAUAACAUAUCCUAUGCAGGGAACAUCCCUGAAAAACUAGAGAACUUUGUUUUGCUUCAUAGAUGAUAGUGUAGUGUCCCAGAGCACUGUUUUUGAAGCACGACUUGGUGAUAAUAUUUUCCUUGAGCACUGUUGUGAUACACCAGCGUUCCCUUAGCUUGCUCCAUUUUGCUCUCAUUGGCUAAAGUGUUGUUAGCAUCAGAUCUGCAGAGUUGGUUACCCAGUAUUUAAUAUGAAUAUGCCAUAUAAUAUAUUUUGUGGAUUAUUUAGAAAUGUAAUGCCAUAUCUAGACUUUCAAAUUGUCUGCCAAAGGCUUGUCUUUUCUGGUCUUAUUUGCCUGUUGAGUGUUUGGGACUGAGACGAGUAUUUUCCACUGAUGUCUUUCUACUGUAAUUGUCAUGUGGAUUUUAUACAGUUGGAAGGUCAUCUUUUUUUGGUUUUGCUUGAGCGUUUCUACUCUUACUCUCUUCUUUUUCUAUGGACUCAUUGCUAAACUGUACAAGUUGUAUGGACUUGUUAACAUUUGCAACUACCAUAAGUGCUUUUAUCUUCUCUAUGCACUGGCUUAAACAUGACUGUUGUGUGUGAGCAUAUUUCUAUGCAGCACUUGGCCAAUUUCAACUUAAAUGCCAAUUUUGUUUAGCAGUUCGUUUGGAGCUCUUUUGAGAAUGCUGUCUUCAUAGCAUGAUAAAUUUUGGAGUUAUUUAUCAGCUCUCCAAACUUGGGUUUGACUUUUUUGACUGCUGUAACUGAGAUUGCUUUCAUCUUGUUCCUCUGGAAAUUUGUCCUAAAUUUGGGAAAAGAAAAUCUUGCUUUGUCUGAUUGUAGUCCACUUGAACUUUAAAUCUGAAAAUUGUUCUAUUGCAUCGUGCAGCUGGGGGAAGAGUCCUCAUUAUGUACAACUGACACCUUCCCCUUUGCACUAAUGUCUUGCUUGUGCUGAUUAUGUGACUAGAUGUGAAGUUUGCUCAGAGUUUAACCUCAAACCUUAAUGAUACACUUUAAUGAGAAGUAGUUCAAAUAUAUGCUGUACUUUAAAAUCUGCAAAUCUACAGAAGAAACUAAAGCAUGUUUGUGGCAUGAUGCUUAUCAGUCCAGAUCUAGACAUCACCUAGUAUAGUAAGUGGCUGUCUGCCAGGAUAUUGGAAAUUCUAUAACAGUGUCCUUUUUUCUUCUUUUUAAGUAUCUUUAGAAAUACUUGCAUGGAUUUUUCAUCUCUACUGUGUCAGCUCUACUUAACAAAAGCGGAAGUUCUGUUGUGUAUAUAGCUCCUAAUUAAAGUACAUAUUUUUAUAAUAUUUGCACAACAGCUUAGCUUCUACAACAGAAAGGGCUCUUUUGACUCGAUAAGUCUAUAAAUGAAGACCAUAAAUGUGAGUGCGAUUCAGGUAAUUAAUAUAAUUCAGCACUUUACUGUUGAUUAUUGGUAGGAUUUAUUACGGCACAUUAGCCCUGCAAAUGUCUUAAAGUGAAAUUAAUUUCUGCUGGAUAGGAUACAGGUUACUUGCAAAUUUAGUGGUCUAGCAUACUGGAUAUUUUUGACUUAAUGUCUCAUCUCAGUGGUUUGCAGUAUGUGUAUCUAUGGGGUUCUUACUCCAGAAAUUCAACAAGUUGUUUUAGAGAAAGAUAUUUAGAAUCCAAAUAAAUUAGAUUAGGAGGGUCUUUUUAAUACUUAAUGUUUAUUUUUUAAGUUGAUGUUGGAACAUUUUUGUCAUUUAAGUUGAGGAAGAAUGUGUGUUGGGAGCAUAUAAGAAUAGUACUUCCACGCUUUUGGUCUGUUUUGGCAUUUCUGUCAGUGCACAGCAUGGUGCCUACUAGCUUAGCCAUUCUUAGGAAAAUUAUGGGGAUAUUUUUAAGCAAAGAUGUGUUGAAAGCAGUGCUGUUUGUGUAUUGCCACUAUAAGACUUGCUAUUUUGAAGCAAUUUUCACCUGUUUGUCCCUUGCUAUGUCUACAUUGUAUAAAAUUACAAGAAUCAUAGGUUGGAAGAAACCCUUGAGUCCAACCCUCAACCCAGCACUGCCAAGUUCAGCACUAAACUGUGUCCUUAAGUGCCACAUCUACACAUCUUUUAAAUACCUCCAGUGAUGGUGAUUCAACUGCUUUGCUAGACAGCCUGUUCCAAUGUUUAACCACCCUUUCCAUGAAGAAUUUUUUCCUAAUAUCAAAUCUGUACCUUCCCUCGUUCAGCUUGAGGCUGUUUCCCCUUGUCCUAUCACUUGUUACUCAGGAGAAGAGACCUACUUCCACCUUGCCACAACUUCCUUCCAGAUAACUGUAGAGAACGAUAAGGGCUCCCCUUAGCCUCCUUUUCUCCAGGCUAAACACCCCCAGCUCCCUCAGCUGCUCAGACUUGUGCCCAUCUCCAUUGCCCUUCUCUUGACAUGCUCCAGCACCUCUAUGUCUUUCUUGUAGUGAGGGGCCUCACAACAAGUUGUGGCCUCAUCAGUGCUGAGUACGGGGGGAUGGUCCUGCUGGCCACGCCGUUGCUGAUAUAAGCCAGCAUGCAGGUUUUGCUUGCAUCACACAGGAGUAAAAUUCUAAUCAAUUGACUGAAUUGCUCUGGUUUGUAAUGCUUAAGACACAUGCCACUCAGCUUGUCAUUAGUGAGAACAUGUAGCUUGAUUUUUGAAUUGAUAUAUUUCAAUGCUUUUCUGCUAAUCUGUAAGUAGAGAUAAUCAACAAAUCAUACCAUGCAAGAAACACAUUAUCUGUCAAGUCAUAAGAAUAAUUCUUUUUGUAUAGGUCACAGAGAAAGGGAUUUUUAGAGUUUUUACUUUGGAAUCUGUAUUGCUCUUUAGGGGUUAUAGUUUAAAUUUAUGCCUUCAUAACUGACAAAUACCCUGUUUAGUAUUAGCUGGACAUUAUUACUUGGUUGUUCAGCCUGGAGAAGAGAAGGCUCCAAGGAGACCUUAUAGCACCUUCCAGUACCUUAAGGGGCUACAAAUGAGCUGGAGUGGGACAUUUUACAAGGUCAUUUAGUGAUAGGACAAGGGGAAUAACUUUAAACUGAAAGAGGAGAGAUUUAGAUUGGAUAUUAGGAAGAAAUUCUUCACUGUGAGGGUGGUGAGAAAUUGGAACAGCUUGUCCAGAGAGGUUGUGGCUGUCCCAUCCCUGGAAGUGCUCAAGACCAGGCUGGAUGGGGCUCUGAGCAACCUGGUCUAGUGAAAGAUGUCCCUGCCCAUGACAGAGGAGUUGGAACUACAUGGUCUUUAAGGUCCCUUCCAACCCCAACCAUUCUGUGAUUUAUGAUCAUUAGUCCAGUAAUAUAAUCUAAAAAUUGUUAAUUACUAGCAAAUUUUUAAAAUUGAAAACAUUCCCAAAAUGAAAGCAUAUCACUAUUACAUCUAUAUAAAUCUAGUGAAUGUUGCUACAAGGAAGGCUUACUGUGUUAGUUACUCUUUAGAAACAAACCAGUUUAUUAGGACAUGCUGAUAUAUUGCAUGUAGUUCUGUCUAAAUAUCUACUGAAGUGCAUCAAUCCAAAAGACUUAUCACCUCUAUGCAGAAUUUAACUUUUCGUGGUGGUGAGCCUCUCUGCUGAACACUUAUGUUGCCAGAUAACUUGGAGUUAGGUGUCCCAGAAGGAGGGUUCAUGCAUUUACGGCAACUUUGCAUUUAGCCCUGUGUGUUUACACUACCCUGUUUUAUUUCUCUUAAUUUUAAAACAGUUUGGUACAGAGCCUGUGCUGAGUAACGUGUUAGGGGUUAGUUUAGGAUUUACUGGCUGGGAAGGAGGGCUGGGAGAGCAGGUCCUGUCUGAGAUGCAUGUGCCACUAAGGCCUGUGCUAAUGGGUAGUAGCCGUUUUGCCUCCUCAGCCCUGAUACAAAGAGUUUUGUCUCCACUUCAAUAUAGAUACCAAUUUCCUGGACCAGAUAUUUUAUUUUUUUAUUAUUAUUAUUAUUGUUACUAUUGAGAGGUGGGAAUAAGUUUAUUUUAGUGAAACAUAUUGAUGUUAAAUCCAGUGGUAUUGCAAGCUGUGGUAAGGACAAGGAACUAAAGAGCAUUCAGAACACAAAGAAUGGUUUUAUUUUUGUCAUAUUUUUAACUCAUUCUUUUACUGUUCUUCUCUUUUCUUCCUAUUUGGCCUUUUUUUUUUUCUGAUGAGAUGCACUGCUUCUGAGCUACUGACACAGAAAAAUGUUGACAACACUGCGGAAAUAAUUGUACACCCUGCAGGGGUGAAACAGGUUUUACAUUGAUUAAACAACUUACAGGUUAAACUUCCUUGAGACAAAGACACUUAUACCUCCUUGCUUGUUGAGACCUCUGAAGUUACAUUUUUUGUGAAGGGGAUAUAUGCUUAAAGCAGCUUCUAAUCAUUCUGGGUUUCAACUGAAGCACUUCAACAAGGAAGAUGAAAAAUAUUCUCGUAAAAAAAUUCUAAAAUUUUAUUCCUAUUUUUGUAUCACUUAGGCUGGAAACAAGAUUCCAGUUGUCUGCGGUGUCUCUGUCCUGUUUGUUCAGUGCAGUGUAAAGAUGCUUUCUGAAAUGCAAGGCAACAGUGUGUUAGUUUUCCAUAUAUACUUUACAACAGAAAGGAAGUAGUUUUGUGUAUUUACUAAGUCCACAAAGAGCUGUCUUUUAACAACUGUUUUGUAACUGGUUAAAAUUAACUUCUUUCCAUUUUUACAAAACACUACUUUAAAAAAAGGAAUACAAUGCUAAAGCAAAAUCCUUAAAGGAGGAUUGAUAAGAAGAUUAAAACCUUUUGAGAAAAAAAUGUGCCUCUUCUCAGUUUUGUAUCAGCUGCAAGGUGACAGUGGCAGGAUAUGACUGCUCUUGAAAUAGCUUCCUCAUGCAUUGAAGUAUAGAGUGGAAGGACUGUUAUACUCUAAAAUGCUGAGAAGCACGAAAAAGUAGACUAAACACUAAUUUUACCUUCUGUGACUACAAUGAAUCUGACUGGUAUUUAACGCUUCAAAGUGAUUUUGGGGAAGUUGACGAGAGACAUACUAGACUGCUCUUAUUUCUUGGCUGUGAGUGUAAAAGUAACUGUUGAGCCCUCAGUGAGGGCAGAACAAAAAGCUGUUGUUGGUUUGGUUUUAACUAACAUUGUCCUUGUGUUCCAUUCUAUCGCAAAGACUUCCUAUGCAGGGCUAGCUCCGUGUAUGGAAAUAUUGCAGUUUCUUUUUUACGUGAAGUAAUUUAGCUUUAACGGUAAUGUAAAAAAGGAAUAACAAGCAUAUUUCUCUGCUCUUACUCUCCUUAGGCUCCAGAUGCAGAAUACAUUAAAAAUAUGUUUUGGAGAACACCUGUGUGAGUCUAUAUAUCUGUUUCCUCUAGGGUACUGCAAUACUGGUUGGUAAACUGCUUUUUCUGUUGAGUAUGAGUAGCUAAAUGUGACUGCUGCAGCUUUAGACUUUGAUCUUCAUGUCAUUAAGAAUUGUAUCUUAAACAAAAUGUCAUGUUUCAUGCUCUUUCUUUCUGUGAAAUGGUGGUCCAGUCAAGCCUUUGAAUUUUGGUAGUGGGUAAUAAUAAAGAAAAGGCUUAAACUGGAUGAUAUAGUAGAGAUUAUUUUCCCAGUUUCUAGAAAAAAGCAGUUAGUCAUACUGUUAACUCUGUGGAAACAGUACUUUUAGCAUAAAGUAUAAGUAAGCAACAGGCACUUUAUCAAAAAGGUUGUACAAAUUCAUUUUCUUCUUAAAGUAUCUCCCCUGUUGCAUAAACAAUUCGAAAAAUAGACUAAUAAAAUACUUCAAGGGUGAAAGAAGUAUAGGAUCCUUAUUAAGGCAGCUAGGAAAUUGAACACUUUGAAGAACAUUAUCAUUAUAAGUUCAAAAUAUUUUUAGAGUUAAGCACAGUAGUCACAGUCUAUCCGAUAAGGCAGUGCACAUUUCAGAGAGCUGAAAUUUUAGAUUAGGCCUAAUCAGUAACAACAGCAUCAGAAAUGAUGAGGUUCUGGAAGAGGAAAACUGAUCCGAGCUUUCACAGUAAGAUAAUUGUCACACAGAUGGCUUUAAUGAUUUGAAUGUAUUCUCUUAAUUAGGAAAGGGAAGAACUGGAAAGGAUCAUUUACAUCGUUAUUCAUCCCUCUGCAGUUGCAGAUGCUGAAAGAUGUCUGCUGUUACCUAAGCUGUGUAACUAUGCAAAAAUGCUUCUUGGCAGUAGCAAAUGCUGGCUGUCAGUUGAAGACCCAAACUCACCAUACCAAGUCAUGCAGGACUAGGGCAAAAGAGACGAAGUGUGUGGUAUAUUACUCUGGCAAAGGCAAUCCAUUUGUUUGUUUUCCACAUAAUAUCCAGAGGGCCAAAUGCCAUCCACAGUGAACAGCAGAAAGCCCUUCCCCUUCACGCUAAAUCAAAGUCUUACCUUGCAGUUGAUCUUAGCAUUCAGAAGAAUUGAGGAGAGGCUAUACUCAGGAAUUAGGAACAGCAAUAUUGAAUUAUGCAUACAGGAGAAAAAAAAAAUUGCUUUCUGGUCCCUGUAAGUGCUUGUUGAAAGCCAGUAAGUGUGAGGCAAUGUAGAUGAUGAAAAUGGCAACCAUGUCUCCCAUCAGAUCAUAAGACAUGUGGGUUCCUAUCUGAAGUUAAAAGGAUUGCUUCUUCUCCUGAAAAUUUAUUGAGUCUUAAGUUCCUUGCCAGAAUUUCUCUUUAGAAGGCAUUUGGGACUCCAGUCUGUCAAUGAUUAGGAACCUAAUUCCCAAUUCACAGCUUUGUUUGUUUAUCUUCUCAUAGUUUUAGCACUUGUCUGUCCUUCAGCCAGUUCCUUUUCUCAGCCUUCAUGUGGUUAGGCUACACCAACCAGCCAAACGCCCCCCUAAGAUGUAAGGAUGAGCAAAAAGCAGAAUAAUCCACAGGUAAGCCGACAGAAUGUUUCUGUUCUCCCUUUCCCCCUCUCUUGAUUGUAUGCUACCACAAAUACCAGGAUUCACUGAUUCAUUAAACAUAUUUUGCUGCUGAACUGGCAAUUUAAAUUGCCAAUUCUUUCCUUGUUACAACGGGAGGGAUUUUUUGCAGUAAAUAGUCACUUGUUUUCAGAUACUGUAGCUUGUGUCCUAUUCUGAUUUUUUAGGUCCCUAGAUGUUAUUUUCUUCUAUUCACACACAGCAUUAUCCUAACUAGAAUGCGAGGCAAAAUGUUCAGUGAAUGAGACAAACAUGGAUUAUUUUUUAUUUCCAUCCCAUAGUUUUAAAAUAAUAACCUUGCUUUUUCUUAUUUUUUUUUCCACAUGUGUGGCUACAAGGCUUGCACUGUACUUUUUUUUGCUAUCCUAUAACGUAGAGUCCUAAGCUGACUGUGCUCUUUCUCUGUUUUUCUGGCUUUGCUGGUUGAGGGAAAUACAUCACCUGCUUUAUCAUUACCUCACCUACUCUGUGAGGGAGAUGCCCAUUGUGUUGUACAUGAGGAGUGCUCAUGGCACUUCCAGUCCCACCUUGUGGUAACCCCAGGGCCAAAGAGCAGAUCUGUGAGAAGAGUGGUCUGUGCAGAGAACACUCACCCCAGCAUUGUAGUUUAGAUCAGGGGUGUGCUUUUCAAAUCAGUCUCCAGAUUGUCCUUACUCUGCUUGUUUGUGUUCAUAUCACUGAGGUCUCUUAGUCCCCAGACUGGAUUCCUUUUGAAUGCAACUGAGCUGAAAAAUGUGCUCCAAAAGCUCACCUAACAGGCUUUGACCACUAAUGGGUGUCCAGUUCUUGGGAGAAGACUUUAUCUUCUCCCAUUCCCUAUUUCACCCCCUCAAAAGUGUCACAGACUUUUGAUCCUUGGCAUCAACUUCUCCAUGUGACAGAUCUGCUUCUUGCUAAUACAAGGGUAGCGUACUUUUCAGUUUCUCUUCUGAUAUUAAACAUUACAGAAUCACUUAGGUUGGAAAAGACCUCUGAGAUUGAGUCCAACCUUUGAGCCAACACCACCUUGUCAACUAGACCAUGGCACAGAGUGCUACAUCCAGUCUCUUCUUAAAUACCUCCGGGGACGGUGACUUCACCACCUCCCUGGGCUGCCCAUUCCAAUGUCCAGUCAUUCUCUCUGUAAAGAACUUCUUCCUAAUGUUCAACCUAAACCUCCCCUGGCACAGCUUAAGACCAUGCCCUCUUGUAUUGCUGGUUGCCUGGGAGAAGAGACCAAUACCUUCCUGGCUACAGCCUCCUUUCAGGUGGUUGUAGAGAGUGAUGAGGUCUCCCCUGAGCCUCCUCCAGGCUAAACAACCCCAGCUCCCUCAGCCACUCCUAAUUGCUUCACCAGCUCCAAUAGCUUCACCAGCCUCAUUGCCCUUCUUUGGACAUGCUCCAGCACCUACACUGGUUUUUCUUUUCUCUUUCUUGUAGGUGGUUAUUGCCUAUCUAGGAUAACAUCCCAUAAUCUGUGCUUUGAGCUGGAAAAUGAAAAUGUAGUUGAUUGCUAAGAUGGAUCUACCACAUCAUUAACUGCUGGAAAAUGAAUCAGCUGUGCUGUAUGUAUUGCUGAUGCUUCCUCCUGACAGUAUUACUGACCUUAGUACAAAAUGCUGUUCACGUGUUGUAAAGAAAUAUUUACUCCAUUAUACAAAUGCAGAAACUAAGACACAGACUCUUAAAAUGAUCACAGGAAGUUUGGGCUGUGGCAAGGAACAAGGUUCUUUAAUUUUAAGACUCUUUGCUCCAGGUAUGGUUUGACAUGGUGAUUUCAUACAUGAAGAGUCUGCUAUGAAACAAAACAAAACCACCAAGAAUUUCUUAGAGAAAUCAGGCUAGUGUCAUUGCACAGUCUUAAUGUAUGUGUCUAUCCAUCUUCUCAGUAAUUUCUGAACAUGUUGGGCCAGUUUAAUAAACUCAACAGAAAUAGA